UUCAAUGCACACGAUACACUGUGCAAAAAUGUCAGACGCUUAUUUGCCACAAUCGGGCAUUCUGUUAAGGUGAUAGCGUUGUAUAAAUAGCAGGGAUGGCUGUUUAGGAACGUUUUUGUGGCAAGUCUCUUCAAUGGAGGUUUGAGGAAGCCCGUCUCGCUUACAGAAGAGGACGCUGUCGCCUCUGGAUAUGACCGGCAUUCCCUGUCGUUUCGAGCAAUCGAUAAAUGAAGGAGAACUCCAAUGAGGAAGUUAAAGAAACAAGUUAGCCAGUAAAGAGCUGGAGGCUUUGGAAGAGGAAUAGUCCAAGGAAAGAGUCAGAACCAAGUUGGUCCUUCCAGCCAUGCCGAUAUGGACGCUCUACUCUGUCCACCUUCUCCAUGCAGACUGAACUUCUCUACGGCUGGAGACACACUUACGUACGCACAGGCUCAGAAAAUGGUGGAGAUCGAGCUGGAGGGAAGGCUCCACCGAAUCAACAUCUCCGACCAGCUCUCCAUUGUAACUGAGGAUGAGAUGUUGGCUCAGGAUCUGACUGAAUGCAACAGCAACAAAGAGAACAGUGAGCAGAUCCUGAGUCAAGCAAAGCAGGGAAACAAACAGGCUGCUUCUAAAAGCAGGAGGAAAGAUGGUAAACAUGGCACUAAAAAUCGGAGAUCUGGGUCUCAGUGUAACUCCCAGAGCCAGGUGUAUUUGGCACACCACUCCCAUGUACAAAGCCCUCUGCCUAAGCCUAUAUUUCGUAUGGUAGAGACUUUUUCGACCGCAGAGGCUCCUCCACUUCCUGUGGCUUAUUACCGCUACAUGGAGAAGUCGAGUGAGGAAUUGGACAAUGAGGCAGAGUAUGACAUGGAUGAGGAGGAUAUGGCUUGGUUAGAGAUGGUCAAUCAGAAGCGUGUGUCCGAUGGCCACGCCUCCGUCCCCCCUGACACAUUCGAGCUACUGAUUGACAGACUGGAGCGAGAGUCCAUUUUAGAGUCCCGCAGUCAGGCGCUGUCCCAGAGCACCAUUGACGAGGAUGCCUACUGUUGCGUUUGCCUCGACGACGAGUGUCUCAACAGCAACGUCAUUCUUUUCUGCGAUAUCUGCAACCUCGCUGUGCACCAGGAAUGUUACGGGGUGCCUUACAUCCCAGAGGGCCAAUGGCUGUGCAGGUGCUGCCUGCAGUCCCCAUCGCGACCUGUGGAUUGUGUCCUUUGCCCAAAUCGGGGAGGUGCGUUCAAACAAACCAGUGAUGGAAACUGGGCCCAUGUCAUCUGUGCCAUAUGGAUCCCUGAAUUGUGCUUCGCCAACACUGUGUUCCUGGAACCUGUGGAGGGAGUGAAAAAUAUACCUCCUGCUAGAUGGAAACUCACCUGUUACCUGUGUAAACAGAAACGAAGGGGGGCAUCUAUUCAGUGCCACAAAGCAAACUGUUACAGGGCAUUUCAUGUUACCUGUGCCCAGAGAGCAGGCCUCUAUAUGAAAAUCGACCCUGUGCGAGAGACUGGCACAAAUGGCACCACUUUUACUGUGAAGAAGACUGCUUUUUGCGAGAACCACUCUCCCCCUGGCACAAGUAAUGAGGGAGAUGAGGAUAAUGGCUUGGUCGGAGGCAGGGGUAAUAGAGGUCAAAGGUCAUACACAUUAGGCCCUACGCUGCAGCAGAACCAGCAUGGGCAGAAAAAAGGAUCGGCCGCACAGCAAAAGAAAAUGCAGAAGAAUUCAGCAGGGACCACACGGAAGACAGGAGUGCCCCUGCUUCUGGUGCCACAGAUUCCUUCCUUUAGACUCAACAAUAUUUGCACUGGGGUGUCUGUUGAGAGGAAGAAUCAAUUCAUGCAGAGGCUUCACAAUUACUGGCUGCUGAAACGUCACUCUCUUAACGGAGUGCCACUCAUCCGUCGGCUCCAUUCGUAUCUUCAAGUUCAGAAGUCUGAGAAGAAAGAACCAGAUGCAAAGUUGCAAGCUGUCAGGGAAGAGCUGAAGUACUGGCAGAAGCUUCGCCAAGACCUGGAAAAAGCUCGACUUCUAAUCGAACUCAUUCGAAAGAGGGAGAGACUUAAAAGAGAACAGAUGAAACUUCACCAGGCUGCUCUGGAGCUGCAGCUCACCCCUGUGCUGGUGUUUCUGCGCUCCACACUGGAACAGCUGCAGGAGAAAGACACCGAUCAUAUUUUCACCACACCCGUCAAUCUGAAGGAGGUUCCAGAUUAUCUGGAGUUUGUUUCUGAGCCGAUGGACUUCUCUUCAAUGCAAAAAAAGCUUGAGGCCCAUAAAUACUCCUCGGUGGCUGACCUUGAAAGUGAUUUAAAUCUCAUGAUAUCCAACUGUCUGAGGUACAACUCCAAUGACACCAUGUUCCACAAGGCUGCCAUGCAGCUGCGGGAGGUGGGAGGAGCUGUCCUGAGACAUGCCCAGCAUCAGGCUCUCAGCAUAGGUCUUGAUCCCAGCACUGGCAUGCACCUGCCAGACAACCCUAGUAAAUGCAACUCCGUGGUCUCCUGGUGGGAUGAAGUUGAUUUACUCUUGAACCCUGAAAAUCGGUUGCACAUGUCUCAAGCGGACCAGCUGAAAACCUUGCUGGAUAAACUGGAUCUGGUGUCAACCAUGCGAACCAGCGGACGUCGCACAAAACGGAUGCGCCUGCUGCGCACAGAAAUUAACAGUCUCCGUCAUAAAAUCAGCCACCAGUGCCGCAGCUCACGACUGCUGAAUGGAAAAAUGAAAGAGGACAAGAUUAAGGAAAAGGAAAGUGAGGACAAGAUGGAUUACAUAACCUCCAAUCCAGCCACUAAGAAAUCAGCAUCACAAAAAACUCAAGAACUCUCUUGUCCGGACUCUUCACCUUUACCUGGAGAUGCUCCACCAAAAUCUCCCAUGUUCUGCCUUGAGACAGGACGGACCACCACAUCAGGGCGGUCAACUAAACCUGGCAGCAGAAAACAAAGAGGAAAAGGAAAACAGAGGGUUCAGAAUGAAGAACAGAACCAGACUUUAGAAGAAGAGGACUUCCACACUAAGGAAGAUGAGACGGUGGACCCCAGCCUUCCGGAGAAGGUUGCAAACACAUCCUCUGAUUCUCCAAGGAUGGGCGUAGGUCGUCGAACAUCAGUCCUCUUCAAGAAAGCUAAAAAUGGAGCCAGACUGACAAAGGAACAGCCAGUCAUAUUGCAGAAUGGAGUCAGCAAAAUGGAAAAAUUACUGUCAGCACCUCCAGUCCCAAAGUCGCCCUCUCCGUCCCUUCACCAGCUGAGAUCCAGAGGACUGAGUGUGUGCUCGGAUAGCGAAGCCGAAAAGUCCCACUCUCUUCCUGAAGAGAACGGUUUGACAAAUGGACUCAAGAGACACAGCGGCAACUCAUCAGAUACAGAAAGCUGCACUCCCUCUUUCCCAACACACAGUUCCUCACCUCCAAAACGCAGUCGUGGUAAGCCAGCACUCAGCAAGGUUCCUGUUUCUGUGGAGGCGAAUGGAGUUCCUAAUACAAGUAGGCGCACUUCUCAAAAUGAUUUAGCGAUGGAGCCUCUUACCAUGGUUUGGGCGAAAUGUCGUGGCUAUCCGUCAUACCCUGCAAUGAUUGUCAACCCCAAAAUGCCCCGGGAAGGAAUGCUUCACAAUGGCAUUCCCAUCCCAGUACCUCCUAAAGAAGUUUUGAAACUGGGCAGACGCAGACAGGAGGAAACCGAGGAGAAGCUCUUUCUUGUGUUGUUUUUCGACACAAAGAGAACCUGGCAGUGGCUGCCAUUGGACAAGCUCCAUCACAUGGGCAUUGACGACACCGUUGAUCGUCUUCGUCUGAUGGAGGGCAAAAAAACGAAUGUGCGAAAGUCAGUGCAUAUGGCAUACGACCGAGCAAUGACGCAUCUGAACCAUGUGCAGGAAAACUCAACCUUUAACCCCUCAAAUUUCAUAUAAAGCACUUGGAUGUCUAAAACUGACUGUAGAUCAAUGACGGUACAACAUUCAUUUGGGUUUGUCUCUUCUGUCCCGUAUCCUUCCCCUCCUCAAAGCACAUAGAGACUUAUUUAAUUCUUCAGCAUUGUCAGAUUUAAAGGGUUAGUUCAUCCAUUUUUUUCGUUAAAUGAAAAUGAAUGGUAAACAGUGUUGGGUUUAAUCUGAUUACAAAGUAAUUAGUUACUGUAAUCUAAUGACUUUUAGUCAAAAAGUAGUGUAAUGCAUUACAGUUUAAAUGAUUGCCAUCAGAUUUCAGAUACAUUUUUAAGAUCAUGAGAAACCUUUCAGUCAAGUGUUUCAAACUUUUUGACCGGUAGUAUAUGUUUAUACAUUAUGCAUUUCUAAAAUAAUAUUAUUUUUGUAGAAUACAUUUAAAACAUGAAUUAUGUUCAUUUGUACAUGUGUGUUUCUGUGACAGCUGAAAGGAAAAUUAACUAGGAGAAAAUAGAGACGUCAUUUUGAAAUUUUGAGCGGAAAAACGUGAAAAUUGUUAUAGAAAGUAACUUAAAGUAGUUGAGAAUGUCAUUACUUUUGAAAGAAGCAAUAAGUAAAGUUUGAUUACAAUUUUAAAGAAGUAAAUAGUAAUUAGUUGUGGAUUACUAUUUUUGAGUACCAAAAACACUGAUGGUGACUGAGACAAACAUUCUGAAAAAAAGAAACUCAUUCUGGUUUGGAACAACAUGAGGGUGAGUAAAUGACAGAAUUUUCAUUUUUGGGUGAACUAUCCCUUUAAAUGUAAAGAUUCUCAUCCAUCCAUUUAAUCUAAAAAUUCAUUCAUUAAUUUCUUUUUUUUCUACACUUAUUUCGCCAUGUUGGAAAGUGUUUGGUCUAAUUCACCAGCAACAAUUGAAUAUUACGCAGCAGAUUUUGUUUUUAUUAAGUGUGAGGUUACAGUUGCCAAUGCAGCAGGGUUUUUGGGCAGUACAGCUCAGGGUACGUGUUGCUAAAAUGAUCAUUUCUGGCCUGGGUUUUUUGGAUUGUGAAACAUGUGUGCAAAUACCCGCAGUUCUAUUGCCCUUUGUUCUGGUGUUUAAUAAUUCUAUCGUGACCAUAUAUGCUUUUCGUCUUUAUCAGGUUCAACCUCAUGUAUUAGCCUCUGAUGUUUGACUCUUGCCAUAGCUGUUUUACCUUACUGUGAGAUGCCAUUUAAUGUCAUUUAUUUCACUGGCACUACUCCAAGUUAACAUGUGCCCAUGGAUAUUUAAAUGAAAGGAUUUGUUGCUUGUAAUUGUGGGUGGAGAUAUCCGUGUAAAUAUAAAUGCAUGUAGAAAAUAUGCACAGAUGUGUUUUUAAAACCUGAAAUGUAAAUGAAGUAAUGAUAAACUUUGUACAUGUCAUUUUAAUUUAUUAUAAGUGGUUAUGGACAAGGUAUUUAAUAGUAAUUGAGAAGGUUUAAUUUAACAGCUCUGUAAGCUUUAUAUUGUUCAGAAAGCAUCACUGCUUCAGUGCAAUUGUUCCUUAGAGGUCUACAGUGAGAGAACAUUAGAGAAUCAAAUAUUAAGUAGUCUCUUAGAAAAUGUAUGCACAGAUAAAAAGAAAUCUGUUUUGGUUUGUUAAAGCCUGUGGGAAAAGCUAAUAGAACCAAACAAAAUGUCUGAAACAGCAUUUUCUCAAAUGGGAAAU